AUCAUGUAGACGUUUAACCUAAUGAUGUUUUCCCAAAGGAUACUUGUGCAGCUAAUUAACAUUGAAUCUGGUUGAUAACAAACACAUUGAAAAUAGAUUGCAAAAGAAAAUGUUUAAUAGAAGAUGACAAAAUCGUGUUAUAGACCUUGAUUCCAAAAUGUUUUUGCUACUUGGACCAACAAGUUCUGGUAAAACAUUGCUGUCCAAGAAAUUGAAGACUUACGAUGACGUAGAGGAUGAAAAUAUACCAUCAACACUGCCAACGAUUGGUACCAACCUUGUGAAUAUUUCCCUGAACAAGAAGCAAGAAAUAACAGUGAGAGAGUUGGGUGGAUCAAUGUCUCCAAUAUGGCCAAAUUACCUGAAAGAUUGUCAUUUUCUGAUUUAUGUAAUUGAUAUGUCAAACCGCCUCCAGGUCUCUGCUGCUUGUAUGCUGUUCCUCUCAAUACUGACAAAUCCAAGCUUAAAAGACUGCCAAGUACUGGUUCUGCUAAAUAAAAUGGAUUUAACUACAACUAUGAGUCGCCAUGAGUUUGAGUCGUUAUUUCGCUGGGAUGACAUUCUGAAACACAGUCCACACCAAAUAUCUGUGAAAGAAGUCAGUGCUGUGUCUGGACUGGGACUGUCAGAAGUUAUAGAAUGGUUACUACAGCACAGUAGAUGAUGUGUGUAGGAAGUUUAUAGUUGUGUGAUAAUUAUAAGCUUGCCACCCUCUAGUCACUCAGUAUUACCAUAUUAUGAAGCAUUCUGCUAUCACCUGAUCUGUUUGUUUGCAUAUCAGGUGUUGUACGUAUAUAUUUUGGAUUUUUAUGGUGUGGAAAUGUUUGCAUUUAAUAUUCUUCCUGCAAAAAUACCUAGACUGCAUUAUUCAUAACUUGUUUUAUCAAUAUACAGUGGGGCCUCAGAUAUCCGGACGCCAGAUAACCGGACGCUUCAGUUUACGGACGAUUUUAUUUGGGAACAGAUUUUUUAUACGUUAUUUUGUCUCAUUUAUCUGGAAUUUCGCAUUCCGGAUCCGGACGGUCUGUUUUUACCACAAAACACUAAUUUAGUACUAAUCUUGCUUCAUUUAACCGGACAGUAAAAUUUGAUGAUACCCUACUCAGUACAAAAGAUUACCCCUGUCAAUUAAGUUUCACACCUUUUUUACGUGCUAGACCCUCAUGAGUAGCUUGUAUAAAUACACUGACUUCCCAAAUCACUUUCAAAAAUUGGAAAAUUGCGAACAACAGUGUAUCACACACAUAUCACACUUGGACAGAAAGAAUUCAGCUAGAUUCGGUUAUCAUUAUUGUCCAGUUAAUAUUUCAUGACAAAAUAAUAAAAUAAAGCAGAGUUCUUUAUCUCUUAAAAAUGUUCACUCUAGCAUGUGUUGCUAUAUGGUAUGAAAGGCAAAUUUGGUGCUACUUGACCUCUCAGCUUUACUGAUUUAAGUGGUGUAUAUAAAAAUCUGUUUCAGGGAUUUAACUACAACUAUGAGUCGCCAUGAGUUUGAGUCGUUAUUUCGCUGGGAUGACAUUCUGAAACACAGUCCACACCAAAUAUCUGUGAAAGAAGUCAGUGCUGUGUCUGGACUGGGACUGUCAGAAGUUAUAGAAUGGUUACUACAGCACAGUAGAUGAUGUGUGUAGGAAGUUUAUAGUUGUGUGAUAAUUAUAAGCUUGCCACCCUCUAGUCACUCAGUAUUACCAUAUUAUGAAGCAUUCUGCUAUCACCUGAUCUGUUUGUUUGCAUAUCAGGUGUUGUACGUAUAUAUUUUGGAUUUUUAUGGUGUGGAAAUGUUUGCAUUUAAUAUUCUUCCUGCAAAAAUACCUAGACUGCAUUAUUCAUAACUUGUUUUAUCAAUAUACAGUGGGGCCUCAGAUAUCCGGACGCCAGAUAACCGGACGCUUCAGUUUACGGACGAUUUUAUUUGGGAACAGAUUUUUUAUACGUUAUUUUGUCUCAUUUAUCUGGAAUUUCGCAUUCCGGAUCCGGACGGUCUGUUUUUACCACAAAACACUAAUUUAGUACUAAUCUUGCUUCAUUUAACCGGACAGUAAAAUUUGAUGAUACCCUACUCAGUACAAAAGAUUACCCCUGUCAAUUAAGUUUCACACCUUUUUUACGUGCUAGACCCUCAUGAGUAGCUUGUAUAAAUACACUGACUUCCCAAAUCACUUUCAAAAAUUGGAAAAUUGCGAACAACAGUGUAUCACACACAUAUCACACUUGGACAGAAAGAAUUCAGCUAGAUUCGGUUAUCAUUAUUGUCCAGUUAAUAUUUCAUGACAAAAUAAUAAAAUAAAGCAGAGUUCUUUAUCUCUUAAAAAUGUUCACUCUAGCAUGUGUUGCUAUAUGGUAUGAAAGGCAAAAAAACCUAGUAUCAACACUGGGAACCAUUGCAUACAAAUACAUUAUCAUUCAUGACAACAAUAGACACAUUUCAGAUAUCCGGACGCUUCACCUAUCCGGACGAUUCAACUUGGGAACGAAAGCGUCCGGAUAACUGAGGCUCCACUGUAUACUUUUAUUUUUUUAUUAUAAUCAUUUAAUACCGUAAUAUGUUGCUUUGUUUUUUGAGGGAAGGCUCAUAUAUUCCAUGUAACAUUUGUGUCCUGGUACUUAUGUCACCAGGUCAACAGGUGUGUGACUGUCAGUCAACACAUCGGGUCUCAAUAGCUCAGUGGUUAAAGCGCUGGCACAGUACGCUAGAGGCCUUAAUUGGGUUUGAGUUCCAUUUGAGACUUGACUUUUCCCAACCUAUUGCACUUAUAUUUCAAGUAAAUGUCAUUAUGAAUCCCCAAAUCAAUGGGUGUAAUCUAAACAAAAUAUAAUCAAAAUAGGAAAAUGCAGAAAAAUGCAGUUUUUUAUACUGGUAUAUAAUGAAUGUAUAUUACAAACUUAUAUGUAGUUCUAAAUAUAGAUAAUAUACAAGGAUGUGGUUGUGAAUGCAGUGUAACUGAGUCAGUUCUGUCAUUGUCUUUAAGAUGAAAUCUAAGAUAGUAUUGUAUAGUUAAUAGCAGAUUUUUUUUUUUUUUUUAUUAAAGAACAAUUUCCAAUCCUCAGCAAUGUUGGGAAACCCAGGAAUUAUAAGUUGUAUUCAAAAUUUUAAGUUGUAGCUCAGCUUUUGUCAGAAAUUAUGCAGUCAUCUUAAGGUAUUUUAAUGUACAAUAAGAAGUGUCUUGGUUAAGGGUUACUAUACGUAACACAGAGAACACCUAUCCUUCAUAUUUGAGAGAUGUUCAACCCUCUACUAGCAGUUAACAGUUUUUAUGCAAAUCCAAUCAUUUCAAAUGUUUUCCAUUACAAAUCAGCUAAAUAUUUGCUACAACUGUAUACCAGCAUGCUUUUGAUUUUAAUUUAUAUAUAAAGUAAGAAGAACAGACAACAUCUUCCAUUAUUUUGAAUAGAUUUUUCCUCUAUGUUGAAAUAAGGUACAGAACAAUUAAUUGGCAUUGACAAUCUUAGAUAUCGAAUUACAUAUCAAAUGCAUUCCUUGGUUGUAUUGAUAUUAUAUAUUAAAUACUCAUUGAAUAUG